GUGCCACAUUUCAAUCCGCAGCGGGCUAAUCCAGAUUUGAUCAGCGACUACGUGUCUUGCCUCUUCAUUUUCUGCGCAACGAUGUUCUCUCUAUUACUUUUUCUAUUGAUUCUGGUCUCACACAGUGAACAAAAAGUGAUUGUUAGACAAGCAAGAACAGAGCUGGAGAUCAAUGAAGCCGUUGGUGUAACUGAAGGGGACAGUCGCCCUCUAGUGGAAGGAGACAUCGUCUCUUGGACUUCAGAUCGUAGCAAACGUUCUCUCAUGCGAGAUCGAGAUUUGACCUGGCCGAAUGGUGUGGUUCCUUUCGAGAUGUCGCCAAGACUUGGUUGGAAUGGUCGGAAAGAGAUCAUCCGGGCAAUGACACACUGGCAGAACCUCACCUGCUUGAGAUUUAAGUCGCGGACGUACGAGAAGGACUACGUAUUGUUUGUGAAGGAAAGCGGGUGUUGGUCACACGUGGGCAGGGUGGGAGGUAUGCAGAAGUUGUCUGUAGGCAGUGAAUGUGAGACAAUGGGUAUUGUUGCACACGAGAUCGGACACGCCGUGGCUUUUUGGCACGAACACAGUCGACCCGACAGAAACAAAUAUAUAAAAAUUCUCAAGAAGAAUGUCAAAUCAGAGCGGCUGCAUGCAUUCGAUCGGAUGAGCAAAAGCAAAGUCAACUCACUCAAAGUUCCAUAUGAUUUUUUAUCAAUCAUGCAUUAUGAUGAAAAUGCAUUUUCGAAGAACACCAGACCGACUAUCCAGCUUCGACAUGAAUGGAAGGGCAAGACUUUGAAGUUGGGUCAGAGAGAUGGGCUCAGUGAGUUGGAUGCCAUGCAGGCGAAGAUGUUGUACGGAUGUGAUGGUUGGAAAUCAGACAAGCAGACACGCAAGAGGAGAAAGCAAUUGAGGAGUCAAACAGAAGUCGUGAAAAACGUGAAGACAAAUAAGUACUGAUAUUGAGUAACUCCACUGUUGCCUAAAUUAUGUAGUAGUAAACUGUUGUAUUUUAUUAAUAUUAUAUUAAAUAUAAAAUUUAAU